AUGACUUUUCACGGUUUCGCUCGGUCCACAGACGGCCCAGCCGGAGGUGGCGUCUGCCGCCAGGCUGUAGACCUAGCAGCUACUUCCCGCUGGCCUCUCUCGGGCACCCGCUGUGCCUCUUUUUCCAGGGGAUCUCACUUCGGUCCUUCACCGAAAAAUGCUUCGGUAACUCUUCCCUCGCUUCUGCUUUCGUCUGCCAACGCCUUCAGCCGCUCGCUUAUUCGCAUGGGCGCCCUUCUUGUCACGCUCGCAGUCCUCGCCAGUGGCGGAGGCUCUCUCGUCCACACUUCGCGAGACGCCCCAGAGCGACACCCCUCUUCUAUUUCUUCGUUUUUCUCCUCGUUUCCUUCUGUCCUCUCCGCUGAAGCACGAGCUUCUCCGGGGAAAUCUCGGGACUUUUAUCGGAUUCUCGGAGUAAAGAGGAACGCCACCACGAGAGAAAUUGACAAGGCGUAUCGCAAGCUUGCAAAACAAUACCAUCCGGAUGUCAAUGCAGGAAAUGAAGAAAGAUUCCUCGACAUCGCGAGGGCACACGAGGUGCUUAGCAACGAAGAGGAGAGGAAGAAAUACGACAUGUUUGGCGAGGCAGGCCUCGGAGAGGGUGGCGGCGCUCCCCAGGGUGGCCAAGGCAUGCCGUUCGACUUCGCAGAUAUGUUCGGAGGGAUGUUUGGUGGCGGCAGCGGCGGCCCGAACAUCAAGUUCACUUUUGGCGGCGGGGACGGAGGCUUUGGCAACGUCUUCCCUGGAGGAGGAGGUCAGGGCGGUGCUCGAUUCCAGGAGAGCCCGCAGGACAACGCGAGUCUGUACGAAGCCGAGGACGACGAAGUCGCCGAGCUGGGUCCGCAGGCUGUCCAGCGCGCCGUCGAGGGCCGCGAUUUUGUUUACUUCCUCGCGCUGUACAACCCCCGCUGCCGCCCCUGCAGGCAGCUGAAGGACGAGUUCGUCAAGGCGGCCAAGCGGAUGAAGGACAUUGUUCCGUUCGGUGCGGUGAACUGCAGCCGCUUCAGCAAUCUCUCUUACUGCCGCGACGCGGAUCACUACCCGACUCUGUUGUUCUUCUUGCCCGACAAGAGCUCGCGCCCGAUUGACUACCGCGGAGAGAGAACCUCGGCGGCAAUGGUGCGGUUCCUCUCAGAGAAUCUCCCCUCGACCGUCGUGGUGCUGACCGACGGGUCCCUCGAGAGCUGGCUCACGAAAGACCCUCAAAUGCCUAAAAUUGUUCUGUUCACCGACAAGAAAGGCAUUCCUCCGCUCUUCAAGUUCCUCUCGUACCAGAUGCGCAGCCAAGUCGCCCUGGGCGUCCUCUUCAAGAACCAGACGAACUUGCUUGCGGCCUUCCGCGCCGGCUUGACCUACCAGAAGACGCACCGAUCCCCCGCGGCUGGCGGCAAACCGCUGCCGAAUGAAAUCGUUUUUCCCUCGCUUCUCGCGAUCGACGACGUAGACCGACUCACCGGAGAGUGGAUCGACGUGAAACACCACGUGAAUCAGGAACUCCUCGUGCUCACGCUCUCCAGAGUUGCAGCCAAAGCUCGCACGGCCUCGGGCGUUGCGUUCCGCGAGUUGACGGCGCGGCGUAUGGCCUCUGGCGAGUGCGGGAAGGAUGAUUCGCAGUUUUGUUUCAUCCUCCUCGUGUCUGACCGCCUCGCGUCGGAAGAGGCGCCAAAGGAUCUUUUCGCGAACCUCUCAGAACUCUCUGAAAAAUUCAGACGCGACCCCCUUAAGAUUUCGUGGGUCAACAAAGACCGACAGGUUCAGUUUGCGAGUGCCUUCGACUUGCCUGCGGGACAAGAGGUUGUGUUUCUUGCCUACCGCCCCAAGAGGAAGAAAUAUGAAGUCCUGGCCGGCGUGCCGCAGGCCUCCACGGUGGAGUCCUUCGUCAGCGACGUCGUGUCGGGCGGAAAGCAGCUCUCUCGCAAGCUGUCAAAGAUUCCGCAGCUGGUCAAGCGGCAGACGCCUCGGGCGACUGGCCACGACGAACUCUAA